AUGGUGGUGAAGGCCUGUGACCGCUGCCGCUCGAGUAAGGAGAAAUGCGCCGUUGCGACUGAUAACCCGGCGUGCACCAGAUGCAUUCGCCUGAAAUUACCAUGCUCUAUCUUGCGUCGCAACAAGCGCGUGAGUCGUCGCCUCUCUCCAAAGACUCCUGUGGGAGAAACGCAGGUCGCCGUCUCCAGCAUCAAGUCCGUGGCAAGCGUCAACCAAAACUCACCUACCGUGUCCAGCCGACGGUCGGUUUCGUCAAUUUCGACCCCACCAAUGCAUAGGACUGAAGCAUCGUCGACACCAAUAUCUACAGGUCCCGUUGUGAUAGCACCGGAAAAAUUGCUCGCCUCAACCCUCAACCUCCAAACCACAUCAGACGCGUUGCGCACCGUGCUGGAUGUGGAACAAUUCUCAGUCAUCCAUCUACCCUUCAUGCUAGGCUCUAGCUUCAUUCCCGAGUCUCAAAAGACAGUCUAUGCCAUUUUAUGUCUUUCGGCCCCCACCCUCACAGAAGGCUACUUGGCCUUUCUGGGCCUGAUGACAAGCUACCAGAGAUCACUUGUCAUGCGUCGCGGCGAGCCUGAUAUGUGCAAAGCCGCAAUGGGCUUGCAACGAUUGCGAAGUGUGAAAAUCUCACACGAUUACGACGCGGCAUGCGCGCUUUUUCUAGGCCAGACCAUGUACGUUUUCAACGUGCUCACAGCACCAUAUUCCAAUACGGCCCACUCAAUCGUCCGGAGCGCGCUCAUGUCCACGAAAAAAUGGGUUCCGCGACUACUACAAUUCCCCAUCAUGGAUACAAUAACCAUGUCACCUAUUCUGAUCGACACGGUAGAAUGCCUCGUUCAUCGUGAAAUCCCUAUUAUACGACUCCAUCCCCAACGGCGCGUAAUUGUUGACCGCUAUGCUGGUCUGUGCGCAACUCUUCUGCCUCACCUAUACGACAUCUGCGAGUGCAGCCACGCUUUGAAGAGGAAUGUGUUUGAGGCUGGUUCCGAGUCACAUUCCGCAAUAUAUGAUCGACUGGGUAAUAUCGAGGAAGCAAUUCGAUAUUGGCGGCCCAAAACGCCUACUCAAAUUUUCGAAAAUUACGGCCAACAUGCCGUUCUGGCAAUGGUCACGCAGGCGAAUGUCUAUCGUCUAGCGGCUCUAUUACUCAUUCACCGGUUGCGACAUCCCCUCGGUGUCGAAAACGCAGGGGCGCAAAAAUUGGCAAAUAACAUCUUUGCUGAGUUGGCUUUUUUUGCCAAAUCGUCAAUCAAGGACACUACCGCUCUACCGGUAGUGUUCCCAUUGACAAUGGCCAUGUUGGAGAUCAAAGGCCCUGGAGAGGAUCUUUUGGAACGUUUAGCCUCAUUCUCUGUCCAAAGCACAAGUGCCUCGCGACUUCAGGAGUUCGUACAGCUGGUCAGGUCUUCACGAGAGUCUGGAUUUGAGGGCACUUUGUUCGAUUUGGUUGAGUCACAUCUUCAUGUUGCAAUGCCACCUUAG